UCUGAUGCUCAACAGAGCCACUAUCAAGUACGGAAGGAUUUGAAUCACAGCUCCUGCGAGAGCCGGCUUGAAAAAUGUAUCUCACAAUACAGCAGCAGUGAACUGGACCCGAGCCACAGCAGGGAUGAAUCUGUCCAAUCAGUCCUCCUACCAAGAGGAGAUGCCGCUGGGUAACUCCACCUGGGCUUACUCCUACCACCAGAACUACACCCUGCCCCCUCCAUUACUGCCAGACAAGACCAGCACAUCCAAACCUGCAGCAUGCGAGCAGGUCCACAUCGCUGUGGAGGUCUUUCUGAUCCUGGGUAUCAUCUCCCUGCUGGAGAACAUCCUGGUCAUCACAGCUAUAGUGAAAAACAAGAACCUCCACUCACCCAUGUACUUCUUUGUCUGCAGUCUGGCUGUGGCGGACAUGUUGGUGAGUGUGUCCAAUGCCUGGGAGACCAUCAUCAUUUACCUGCUUAACAACAGACAGCUGGUGGUGGAGGAUCACUUCAUUCGGCAGAUGGACAACGUGUUUGACUCCAUGAUCUGCAUCUCUGUGGUGGCGUCCAUGUGUAGCCUGCUGGCCAUCGCUGUGGACAGGUACGUCACAAUAUUCUAUGCACUGAGAUACCACAACAUCAUGACAGUGAAGAGAGCCGGUUGCAUCAUCGGGGGAAUCUGGACCUUCUGCACAGGCUGCGGGAUUGUCUUUAUCAUUUACUCAGACACCACCCCCGUCAUCAUCUGCCUGGUCUCCAUGUUCUUCGCCAUGCUGCUCAUCAUGGCCUCCCUCUACAGCCACAUGUUCAUGCUGGCACGCUCGCACGUCAAGCGCAUCGCCGCACUGCCCGGCUACAACUCCAUCCACCAGCGGGCCAGCAUGAAAGGGGCCAUCACGCUCACCAUCCUGCUGGGGAUCUUCAUCGUCUGCUGGGCGCCCUUCUUCCUCCACUUGAUUCUGAUGAUAUCAUGUCCGAGGAAUCUCUACUGCGUCUGCUUCAUGUCCCACUUCAACAUGUACCUCAUCCUUAUCAUGUGCAACUCUGUGAUUGACCCACUCAUCUAUGCCUUUAGGAGUCAGGAGAUGAGGAAGACUUUUAAGGAGAUCAUCUGUUGUUACAGCCUGAGAAACGCCUGCAACAACAUUUGCGCUCUGACGGGUAAGUACUGAGAGAUGCAGCAUGAGAAGACCAAUGACAUGAAGUACAGGAUGAACUGACCGAAUCUGACUCUGAAGUAGAACCAUAAAUAAUUCUAUUAAAAUAUGCUGUUUAAGAACUGGUUCAAAGGAGACACUCAUAGU